AUGCUGAGCUCUGAUGAUGGAGAAAAUGAUGUGUUCUUCGACUCGGUGGACUUGUCAUCUCAAGAGUCAAUUGUAGCAAAAGAGGAACCGGGGUGUAGUAAGUUGGAGUAUGAAAUUUGGAUGAAUGAGCCACCAAGUGUUAAGGAAAGACGGGAGAGUUUUCUACGAAAGAUGGGUUUAGCUGAGUUUGAUUCUGCAAAGUGUGGUUCUGUGGAGAUGGAAAUGGAAUCUGGUGCCUCAUCAAAGAUGAUGGGAUUGCAAAGACUUUUGGAAUGCAGUAGAGCUGCCUCAAGCUCUUGCAUCUCUUCUUCUAGUUAUAUUGAAGAAAAUUUGGGUUGUUGUAGAAGGGAAGGGGACAAUCAAGCAAAUCUUAUGCAGAAUGAAUUAGAUAGAAACCUACAAGAUAAGUUGAAUAUAGUCUCCAUCCAGGAGGCUGUUCGUAUUAUUUCACCUUCUGCUACAGAUUCUUCCCAGAGAGAAGUUGAGGCUCCAGUAGAAGAAUGUGGGAAUUCACAUGAGGGUAGAAAGAAGAAGGAAAGUUGGUGGAAACAGUUUAUAAACAAGACAAAGAGAAGAGGAGGGAAAGUUGUAUUUGAGGGAUCAAAACCAGAUACUGAAAUACUCAAACAAAAUAGGAUGAAGGUCCAGCAGAACAGUAAGAGGUGUAUGGAGUUCGCUGCAUUAUGCAAUGGGCAAGAAAUUCAUGCGCACAAGGGGUUUAUAGGGGCUAUGAAGUUUAGUCCUGAUGGCCAAUAUCUUGCAACUGGUGGUGAAGAUGGGGUUGUACGCCUUUGGUGUGUUACAUUAACAGAUGCCUCUUGUAAUUACUUACCAGCUGAAGGCAACUUUGAUAGCAAACUUAAAAAGAUCAAGUCUGGUUAUCGAGUGAUCUUUCCUGAUAAGGGUUUUCGAAUUGAAGAGUCACCGCUGCAAGAGUUCCAUGGCCAUUCAAGUGAUGUGUUAGAUCUUGCUUGGUCAAAUUCAAAUUGUCUUCUUUCUUCUUCAAUGGAUAAAACUGUUCGUCUGUGGGAAGUUGGUUGCAGUCAGUGCCUAAAUGUUUUCCAUCACAAUGAUUAUGUGACAUGCAUUCAGUUCAACCCUCUCAAUGACAAUUACUUCAUAAGUGGAUCAAUUGAUGGAAAAGUUCGAGUUUGGGGCCUUUUUGAGAAGCGAGUUGUUGAUUGGGCUGAUGUGCGAGAUGUUAUAACUGCUAUAUGCUAUCAACCAGAUGGGAAAGGGUUUGUAGUUGGUUCCGUUACAGGCACUUGCCACUUCUAUGAAUUAUCAGGGGAAUAUCUUCAACUGGCUGUGCAAAUGCAUAUUCAUGGUAGAACUAAAACCUCUGGCAACCAAAUCACUGGCAUCCAGUUUUCCCAGGAAAAGUUGCAAAGAGUUAUGAUAACAUCAGAAGACUCGAAAAUCCGUAUAUUUGAGGGAGUAGAACUUAUAAAGAAAUACAAAGGUCUUCCAAAGUCAGGAUGUCAGAUGUCAACUUCUUUCACAUCGAAUGGGAAACAUAUAAUCUCAGUUGGAGAGGACUCGCAUGUUUAUUUAUGGGACCAUGAUGGCUUUUGUGUCUCAUCCUCCAAACAAAUAAGAUCUGUUAAAUCAUGUGAGUAUUUCUUCUGUGAAGGAGUGUCUGUUGCAGUACCUUGGUCAGGCAUGAGACCUGAAAAAAAGAGCCUAGAAACUGCUAGUGGGCGAUGUUGCUCACAAAGACAAGGCCAUCUAGAGCCUGCUUAUGGAAGCAGAGAUGCAGAACGUUUUUCCCUUGGAAGUUGGUUAUUCUCAAAUGGUCCGUGCAGGGGCUCUGCAACUUGGCCUGAGGAGGAACUUCCCCCAUGGGCUCUGCAACAUAGAGAUCAUCAGCACCACCACCACAAUCACCUUGCUAGACCAGAUACAUGGGGGCUUGUCAUUGUAACUGCCGGAUGUGAUGGAACAAUCAGGACAUUCCAUAACUAUGGAUUGCCCGUCAGGCUCUAA